AUGUGUAGCCGUAAUGGCGCUAGCUUCCACAUGCAACAAGGGCCUGUUUAUUAUAGCUGGACCGCCGUCUCUUCCUCUCGUCCGCUGAUUGGCUGUGCUACUUCCAAAGCGGAACGCGAUUGGCUGAGAGACCUGUCGAUCGGUCGAGGAAUAGACGGGUACCCAAGACUGCAAGGUUGCGCGUGUGCCUUCCCAGGUCCUGGCAGCACCAUCCGGCGAGGGGCGCAAGGUCAAGCCGCCGCCGCGGCCGCCGUGAAGGCGCAUCACCACCACCACCACUCGCAUCACUUACAACAGCUGGAUAUAGAGCCGGACAGACCGAUCGGAUACGGAGCUUUCGGUGUGGUUUGGUCAGUGACAGACCCCAGAGACGGCAAACGCGUGGCCCUCAAAAAGAUGCCCAAUGUCUUCCAAAACCUCGUCUCCUGCAAGAGGGUUUUCCGCGAGCUGAAGAUGCUUUGUUUCUUCAAGCACGACAAUGUGCUGUCAGCUCUGGAUAUUCUGCAGCCUCCACACAUCGACUACUUUGAGGAAAUUUAUGUAGUGACAGAGUUGAUGCAGAGUGACCUCCAUAAGAUCAUCGUGUCUCCACAGCCCCUGAGCUCUGACCACGUCAAAGUCUUUCUCUACCAGAUCCUCCGAGGAUUGAAGUAUCUACACUCAGCUGGCAUUUUGCACAGAGACAUUAAACCCGGUAACCUGUUGGUCAACAGCAAUUGUGUGCUUAAGGUUAGUAUGCUAAUACAUACGUUUACAUGCAGUUAUGUGGUGACGGAGUUGAUGCAGAGUGACCUCCAUAAGAUCAUCGUCUCUCCACAGCCCCUGAGCUCUGACCACGUCAAAGUCUUUCUCUACCAGAUCCUCCGAGGAUUGAAGUAUCUACACUCAGCUGGCAUUUUGCACAGAGACAUUAAACCCGGUAACCUGUUGGUCAACAGCAAUUGUGUGCUUAAGCUGGACUUAAUCACAGAUCUGCUGGGGACUCCGUCACUGGAGGCCAUGAGGACGGCGUGUGAGGGGGCCAGAGCUCACAUCCUGAGAGGACCACAUAAACAGCCCUCACUUCCUGUCCUGUACACUCUGUCCAGUCAAGCAACCCAUGAGGCCGUUCACCUCCUCUGCAGGAUGUUGGUCUUUGACCCAUCGAAGCGGAUCUCUGCAAAGGACGCCCUGGCGCACCCGUAUCUGGAUGAGGGGCGUCUGCGGUACCACACCUGCAUGUGCAAAUGCUGCUACACCACGUCCUCUGGCCGCGUCUACACCAGUGACUUUGAGCCUGUCACCAACCCCAAGUUUGACGACGGCUUUGAGAAGAACCUGACGUCAGUUCGGCAGGUCAAAGAGAUCAUUCAUCAGUUCAUCCUGGAGCAGCAGAAGGGGAAUCGGGUACCGCUUUGUAUCAACCCCCAAUCAGCUGCCUUCAAAAGCUUUAUCAGCUCAACAGUAGCUCAGCCUUCUGAGAUGCCUCCAUCUCCUCUGGUUUGGGAGUAGCUGAGGACGGCGGAGAAGAUGACGA